AAAUUGCAUUGCCCUCGACGAGGUUGAAACCCAACGAGCACCACGUCCUCACCACCCAGGGCACUCUACGCCCACCGAAGCCAGCUUCUCGCGCGAAAGACCUCAGACGAAUAAUCAUGAACGGUGCAAAGAAGGAAGUCAUCCUGCCGGUGGAGGGCAAGAAGAACGUGUUGAUCACUUCCGCAUUGCCAUACGUCAACAAUGUACCUCAUUUGGGAAACGUAAUUGGCAGCGUGCUCUCGGCAGACGUCUUCUCCCGCUACAGCAAAGCACGAGGUCUUCCCACAUUGUUCAUAUGCGGCACAGACGAAUAUGGCACAGCGACUGAGACGAAAGCGAUCGAAGAGGGCAUCACACCGCAAGAGCUCUGCGACAAAUACAACAAGCUCCACAAGGAAGUCUACGACUGGUUCGAGAUUGACUUUGACCACUUCGGGCGCACGCCGACCCAGCAACAGACGGAUAUUGCGCAGGAUAUCUUUCUGAAGCUAUACAAGAACGGAUACCUCGAGGAGCGAACGACGACGCAGCCAUACUGCACCAAGCAUAAUGGUUUCCUGGCAGACCGCUUUGUGGAAGGAGAGUGUCCAUUGUGUGGAUACAACGACGCGAGAGGAGAUCAAUGCGACAAGUGUGGGCACCUGCUAGAUCCGCUGGAGUUGAUCAAGCCUCGAUGCAAGCUGGAUGGUGCGACGCCAGAGCCGAGAGAGACGAAGCACGUCUUCAUCUUAUUGGACAAGUUGCAGGACCAAGUGGCAGAGUGGAACAGAAAGAGCCAUGAGAAGGGUGCGUGGAGUGACAAUGGUGUGAACAUUACCAAUGCGUGGAUCAAGGAGGGGUUGAAGCCGCGCGGUAUCACUCGUGAUCUGAAAUGGGGGACUGCGGUGCCGUUGGAAGGAUACGACCAGAAGGUGUUGUACGUCUGGUUCGACGCUUGCAUUGGAUACGUCUCGAUUACUGCAAACUACACGGAACACUGGGAACAGUGGUGGAGGAAUCCGGAGAAUGUCGAAUUGUACCAAUUCAUGGGCAAAGACAACGUGCCAUUCCAUACGGUCGUCUUCCCAUGCUCACAACUCGGCACCGGCGACAAGUGGACUAUGCUCAACACCCUCAGCACGACCGAAUACCUCAACUACGAACGCGGAAAGUUCAGCAAGUCUCGUGGAGUCGGUGUUUUUGGCACCAGCGCGAAAGAGACCGGCAUUGCUCCCGACGUCUGGCGAUACUUCCUCCUCCUCCGCCGACCCGAGACCAGCGACACGGAGUUCGAAUGGGAUGGCUUCAUCGCGGCCAACAACAACGAGCUCGUCAACAAUUUCGGCAACUUUGUCAACCGCAUCCUCAAAUACGUCAACUCUCCCAACUACGACUCUACCAUCCCCGCCGCGCCAGAACUCGACCCUACCAGUGAGACCGCCAAAUCCAUCCAAACUCACAUCAAAGACGUCAACGACAAACUCAAACAAUACCGCGAAGAAAUGGACGCCGUGCACCUCAAAUCCGGCCUCGUCUGUGCGCGCGAAAUCUCCUCCCUCGGCAACAAACUCCUGCAAGACAACCGUCUCGACAAUGCCCUCUUCCAAUCCGAGCGCGCCCGCUGCGACGCCGUCGUCAACCUCGCCGUCAAUCACGUCCAUCUCCUGGCUUCCGUCAUCGCGCCUUAUCUCCCCGCUACAUCCCGGAACAUCCUCUCCCAACUGCAAGCGGAACUGCUCAUCAUCCCGGACGAGUGGCAAGCGGACUCCAUCCCAGCCGGUCACAAGAUCGGCAAAGCGGCGCACUUGUUCAAGACGAUUAAACCGGAGAAGGAGGCAGAGUGGAAGGAGAUGUUUGGCGGGAGUGAAUUGAAAAAGGCAAAGGAGGAGGAGGCGAAGAAGAAGGCGGCGAAGAAGGCGGAGAAGGAGAGGAAGAAGGCGAAGAAGGCGGCGGAACGGGCGGAGGGGAAGGAUGGGGCUGGAGAGAAGAGUGUGGAGGCGGUGGAGAAGGAUGGGGCGGAGAAGUUGACUGUGGAGGGGGAUGCGGUUGAGGAGGUUACCGAGGGGGUGAGGCAGGCUGCGUUGCAGACCUCGUAG